AUGGGUUUCAUCGGCAAUGCCCUCUAUUACUCCUUCCACCCUAUGCAGUUGAGGGCAAUCAUUCAAUGGAAAGUUUGGCACAACCCGCCCCAUGAGCGCAACGAAAAGAACGAGACCGAAAAUCAAAAGCUUUGCUUCAAAUUCCUCGAUUUGACCAGUCGGAGUUUUAGCGCUGUGAUCAAGGAGCUCCACCCGGAGCUUUUGAUGCCUGUUUGCAUCUUCUAUUUGGUCCUCCGUGGACUGGACACCGUCGAAGAUGACACCUCCAUCCCCUUGGUCACCAAAGAGCCCAUUUUGCGAGAUUUCAAGAACUACCUGACACAGGAGGGAUGGAACUUCACCGGCAACCGACCGGAGGAGAAGGAUCGCGAGCUGCUUGUUCAGUUCAACCACGUCGUCACCGAGUUCAUGAACUUGAAGCCCGAGUACCAGACCAUCAUCAAGGACAUCACCGACAGAAUGGGCAAUGGUAUGGCUGACUACGCGGUCAAGGCCGAGUCUGAUGACGCUAGUGUGAAGACCAAGGAGGAGUACGACUUGUACUGCUAUUACGUCGCCGGUUUGGUCGGUGAGGGUCUCACUCGGUUGUUUGUGGAGGCGGAGUUCGGAAACCCCGCACUCAUGAAGCGGCCACGACUCCACAAGUCCAUGGGACUUUUCCUUCAGAAGACCAACAUCAUCCGCGAUAUCCGGGAGGAUUUCGACGACAACCGCCGAUUCUGGCCCCAGGAGAUUUGGUCUAAGCACGUCGACAACUUCGAGGAUCUCUUCAAGCCAGAGCAUCUUGAUGCCGCUCUCAACUGUAGCUCUGAGAUGGUUUUGGAUGCCCUCGAGCAUGCCGAGGAAUGUCUCUUCUACCUGGCUGGUCUCCGCGAGCAGAGUGUCUUCAACUUCUGCGCCAUCCCGCAGUCCAUGGCUAUUGCCACCAUGGAAUUGUGUUUCCGUAACCCCGAUAUCUUCAAGAAGAACAUCAAGAUUACUAAGGGAGACGCUUGUCAUCUCAUGCACAAGUCGACUCAGAACCUCAGCGUUCUCUGUGAUAGCUUCCGGGAAUACACCCGGAAAAUCCACAAGAAGAACACCCCCAAGGACCCCAACUUCCUUAAGAUCAGCAUUGUUUGUGGUCAGAUCGAGAAGUUCAUUGAAACCAUCUUCCCCACUCAAACCGCUGAGGCUGCUCAGCGCAAGGUCACUGGCGAGCUGACUGCGGCCGAGGCCAAGCGGAAGGAAGAAGACGACCAGAACAAGAACGACAUCUGGUUCAUGAUGGGAUUGAUGGGUGUGAUUGUUGUCAUCGUCGCUGGCCUGAUGAUUUUCGCAGCCUGGAUGAUGGGUGCACGAUUCGACCUUGCCUUCAAGGAGCUUACCCAAGGCAACUUCCGUCCUCCCAAAUCGAUUGCGCACGGCGAACUUUGA